AUGCACUUCUCCACCUCAGUACUCGGCAGCAUUGCUGCGCUCUGCGCAACUGCCAAUGGCGCCCUUACUCGUGUCAACGACUUCGGAGCGAACCCAUCCAACCUUCAGAUGAACAUCUACGUUCCUGCUAAGGUUGCGGAGAAGCCUGCCAUCAUCCUCGCCCUGCACUACUGCGGCGGCACCGGCGAAGCCUACGCCCAAUCGACAAAGUACAACAGCCUCGCCGAGCAAAAAGGCUUCAUCAACAUCUUCCCCUCCACCAAGAAAGACAACAACUGCUGGGAAGUCAACACCGCCAAGGGUCUCUCCCGCGAUGCCGGCGGCGACAACCAAGGCCUCAACAACAUGAUCCAGUACACCAUCAAGAAGUACAACGCCGACCCCACCAAGGUCUUCGUCACCGGCAGCAGUUCCGGAUGCAUGAUGACCAACGUCAUGAUGGCCACCUACCCAGACGUCAUCGCCGCAGGCUCAUGCUACUCCGGUGUCGCCGCAGGCUGUGUUGCAGGCAGCCCCGGCGCCAGCCCCAGCACCGCAGACCCGCGAUGCGCAAACGGACAGGUCAUCAAGUCGCAGGCUGAAUGGGUUGCUCAGGUCAAGGCUAUGUACCCUGGCUACAGCGGCACUUACCCUCGCAUGGCGACUUGGCACGGAACUGCUGACUCGCUGGUUAAGAUCCCUAACUUGGGUGAGCAGUUGAAGGAGUGGAGUGGAUUGCUGGGUGUUUCGUUCACGAAGAACGAGACGAACACUCCGCAGAGUGGUUACACGAAGAUGGUCUAUGGUGAUGGGACGAAGCUUGUAGGUUACAGUGCUCUGAAUGUCGGUCACACUGUGCCGGUGCAUGAGGCGGAGGACCUCAAGUGGUUUGGACUUUGA